AUGUCGGGCGCUCGCUGCCAGACGCUGUACCCCUUCUCCGGGGAGCGGCACCGGCAGGGGCUGCGCUUCGCCGCGGGGGAGCUGAUCACGGUGCUGCAGGUGCCAGACGGCGGCUGGUGGGAAGGGCAGAAGGAGGACGGUCUGCGCGGCUGGUUCCCGGCCAGCUACGUGCAGCUCCUGGAGAAACCCAGAAAGGCAACUCCUCAGACAGGAGAAGAUACCUUGAAUGGCCAUCUGCCCCCUGGCUGGCAGAGCUAUGUGUCCCCUCAGGGCAGGAGGUACUAUGUGAACACCGUCACAAAUGAAACAACCUGGGAGCGUCCGAGCAGUGUGCCUGGGACCCCGAAGAGCCCUCCUGCUAACUCUGCCUCUGUUCUUCCAGUGAAUGGCUACCACAUCUCUGGAACUCCAGUGCACCAGCUCGACUCUGGCCAUGUAAGUCUCCAAAAAGUCAGUGGGGACCCCCAGAGCCCGGGGUCCCCGGCAGCGCCGCGGCGGCAGAGCAAGGAGAGCAGUCUGACGAUAAACUGUGUAACUUUCCCCCACCCUGAUGUAAUGCCAGAGCAGCAGUUGCUGAAACCUUCAGAGUGGAGCUACUGUGAUUAUUUCUGGGCUGACAAGAAGGACUCCCAAGGGAACAACACGGUGUCAGGGUUUGAAAUUCUGCUUCAAAAGCAACUUAAAGGGAAACAAAUGCAAAAAGAAAUGGCAGAGUUUGUUCGAGAAAGGAUAAAGAUUGAGGAGGAAUAUGCUAAGAACCUGUCCAAGCUGUCUCAGAAUUCCUUGGCUGCUCAGGAGGAAGGGACACUAGGAGAAGCUUGGGCUCAGCUAAAGAAGAGUCUGGCUGAUGAAGCAGAGGUCCAUCUCAAAUUUUCUUCUAAGCUUCAGAGUGAGGUAGAAAAACCACUGCUAAACUUCAGAGAGAACUUCAAGAAGGACAUGAAGAAGUGUGACCACCACAUCGCAGACUUACGGAAGCAACUGGCCAGCCGCUACGCUGCAGUUGAAAAGGCCCGGAAAGCCUUGACAGAGAGACAGAAGGAUCUGGAAAUGAAAACACAGCAGCUAGAGGUGAAGCUCAGCAACAAGACAGAAGAGGAGAUUAAGAAGGCAAGAAGGAAGUCUACUCAGGCAGGAGAUGACCUGAUGCGCUGUGUGGAUCUUUACAAUCAAGCCCAGUCCAAGUGGUUUGAGGAGAUGGUGACCACCACCCUGGAACUGGAGAGACUGGAAGUGGAAAGGGUAGAGAUGAUCCGGCAGCACCUUUGCCAGUACACACAGCUGCGUCACGAGACAGACAUGUUCAACCAAAGUACAGUAGAGCUCGUGGAUCAGCUGCUUCGGAAAGUGGAUCCUGCCAAAGACAGGGAACUGUGGGUCAAAGAACACAAAACUGGAGACAUCCGACCUGUGGACAUGGAAAUAUAG